UCAAUAGGAAAGGAAGGGCACACGGGGCUCUACUCACUCACUGAGCAGGGCCAGGAAAGAAGUUCAUUGACAUUGGGUGCGCGAACAAAUCGCAACCGUCCUCCGACCAUUGCCCCGCACCCCACCCUACUCUGGCUUCUUCUCCCUCCCCUCCCUGGCGCUACGUAGAGGGAGCCCUCACACUCACACUCACUUCCACUACCGUUCAAUUCAGGAAUUUCGAUCAACCCUAGCCUGGCCUAGCAUAGCAUAGCGGAGCCUCCUCAAUCUUCACUUCCACCUUCCGACGAAAUCAUCAUGUCUGCUGCAGUAGAGGAGUCUUCUUCGUCCCGCCCACAUACAUCCACCACCCCUGCUGCCGCUUCCCGGUCACCCUCCCAUAAUGCUGCCGGCGCCUUUUAUUUGGCCAAGACCGUUCUCAGAGGGAGCGUCGUUCUUCAAGCUGUCUGCGGCCACUUUCGCUCCCCCUCUUCAUACGACGUUGUCUUUGGCAAGGAGACAUCAAUAGAACUGGUGAUAAUUGAUGAAGAUGGGAUAAUUCAAUCAAUUUCUGAACAACCUGUGUUUGGCACAAUUAAAGAUCUUGCGGUCCUUCCCUCGAAUAAAGCUGUUUAUGAUCAUAGUCCUAAGAUACUUGGAAAGGAUACGUUGAUUGUCAUUUCAGAUUCUGGAAAGCUGUCAUUUCUCUUCUUUUGCAAUGAAAUGCACAGGUUUUUCCCAUUGGCUAAUGUUCAACUUUCUGCACCUGGAAACUCAAGGAAUCAAGUUGGAAGGAUGUUGGCAAUUGAUUCUAGUGGGUGUUUUGUUGCUGCUAGUGCAUUUGAGGACCAAUUGGCUAUUUUUGCAAUCUCAACAUCUCCAAAUAGUACUGAUAUCAUUGAUAAGAGGAUUUUCUGCCCUCCUGAAAAAGAUGGGCGCUUAAAAACUGCCAGAGGCUCUACCAAUAUUUCUGGUACUAUAUGGAGCAUGUGCUUUAUCUCAAAGGAUUACCGCCAGCCUAGUAAAGAGCACAAACCUUUACUGGCCAUUCUUCUAAAUAGGUGGGGAUCUUUCUAUAGAAACGAGCUUCUGUUAUUGGAAUGGAAUAUUGAUGAACAUGCUGUGAAUGUGGUGUAUCAGUUUGCUGAAGCUGGGCCAUUAGCAUAUCAUAUAGUUGAAGUCCCCCAUUCUAAUGGAUUUGCCUUCCUGUUCAGGGCAGGUGACAUUGUUCUAAUGGAUUUCAGGAAUUCUAAUGCCCCCUCUUGUGUCUAUAGAACAAGCUUAAAUUUUACGCCAGUGGAGGAAAAAAAGAUUAAACACAUUAUAAGAAUACCAGAUAUAAUGGAUGAAGAAGGCAUUCAUAGUGUUGCUGCCUCUGCUUUAUUGGAGCUUGGUGACCUAAAUAAAAGCGAUGAUCCAAUGAGUAUUGAUGAUUAUGGUAGUGUGCAGCCUGGUUCCAAUUAUGUUUGCUCAUGGUGUUGGGAACCUGGUGCCAUUAAUAGUUCACGAAUUAUAUUCAGUGCCGACUCUGGGGAACUUUAUGCUAUUGAAAUGAUUUUUGAGCCUGAUGGAAGCCUCAGGGUCAAUUUAUCCGAUUGUCUCCAUAAAAGUUUACCAUGUAAUGUUCUGUUAUGGCUUGAAGGUGGGUUUGUGGUGGCAAUUGCUGACAUGGCUGAUGGGACGGUGUUCAAGUUUGAAGAGGGAGUUCUGAAAUACAGAAGUUCCAUUCAAAACAUUGCCCCAAUCUUGGAUAUGUGCAUAGUUGAUUAUCCUGAUGAGAAACAUGAUCAAAUAUUCGCAUGUUCUGGGAUGGCAUCUGAGGGAUCCUUGCGAAUAAUUCGGAGUGGUAUCAGUGUGGAGAAAUUAUUGAAAACUGCUCCAAUUUAUCAAGGGGUAACUGGGACAUGGACACUCAAAAUGAAUGUCUCUGACUUGUAUCAUUCUUUUCUUGUGUUAUCAUUUGUUGAAGAGACCAGGGUUCUCUCUGUUGGUGUCAGCUUUGCAGAUGUGACUGAAUUAGUUGGUUUUCAGCCUGAUGUCUGCACAUUGGCUUGUGGUGUUGUGGGUGAUGGCAUGAUUGUCCAGAUUCAUCAAUUUGGAGUAAAACUUUGUUUGCCUGUUAGAGCUUUACAUCCUGAAGGAAUUGCUUCCUCGUCACCAGUAUGCACAUCAUGGUUUCCUGAUAAUAUGAAUAUAAGCCUGGGAGCUGUUGGACAGGGCAGGAUAGUAGUGGCAACAUCCAGUCCAUGCUACUUGUUCAUUCUUGGCAUAAUUUCUUCCUCGGCCAGUCAGUAUGAAGUAUACCAAAUCUACUGUGUAAAAUUGCAGAAUGAGUUGUCCUGUAUUUCCAUACCAGUGGAGCACCCCCAGCAGAAUACAGUUUUGAUGCGUUUUGCAGCUGACUACAACUUAACUCCUGAUGUUGGAAAUUUGUUUGUUGUGGGAACUCAUAGGCCUUCUGUGGAAGUUGUAUCCUUUACGCAUGACAAAGGAUUUCAAGUUCUUGCUGUAGGAAUUAUAUCAUUAACCAAUACCAUGGGGACUACCAUUAGUGGAUGUGUUCCGCAAGAUGUGAAACUUGUGUUAGUUGACCGUAUGUAUGUUCUAUCAGGAUUGAGGAAUGGAAUGUUACUUAGGUUUGAGUGGUCUUGUAACACUACCCUGUCCUCAACAGAGCCACCUUGUGCACAAGCUGUUGGUUCCUGGAUGAUGAACUCCCCUGUAUUAUCCAAUUCAAUAGCCCCAAAUACUAAGAUUCCAGCAAUUUUUAUGUCCAACACAUCUGGAAGGACUAAAGGAGAGUUCCCAGUUAAUCUGGAGUUGAUUGCUGUGCGCCGCAUUGGUAUUACACCUGUUUUCUUGGUUUCAUUGAGUGAUUCCCUGGAUGCUGAUAUGAUUGCUCUCAGUGACAGGCCUUGGUUAUUGCAGACUGCAAGACAGAGUCUGUCUUAUACAUCCAUAUCCUUUCAGCCUUCUACUCAUGUGACUCCUGUGUGUUCAAUUGAAUGCCCCCGAGGAAUUUUAUUUGUUGCGGAGAACAGUCUUCAUUUGGUGGAAAUGGUCCCAAGUAAGAGGCUAAAUGUGCAAAAAUUUCAUAUUGGUGGUACACCAAGGAAGAUAUUAUAUCACAAUGAAAGCAGGCUGUUGCUAGUUAUGAGGACAGAAUUAGACAAUGAUUCGUGCUCGUCAGAUGUUUGUUGUGUGGAUCCUUUGAGUGGCUCGGUGUUGUCAUCCUUCAAAUUUGAUCCUGGGGAGACGGGGAAAUGUAUGCAGUUGGUAAAGGUGGGAAAUGAGCAUGUGUUGGUGAUUGGAGUUAGUCAAUCUGCCGGACCAGCUAUCAUGCCAAGUGGUGAAGCCGAAAGUACAAAAGGUCGACUGGUGAUUCUUUGCCUUGAUCAAAUGCAAAAUUCAGAUAGUUGUUCGGUCCAAAGAAAUUCACCUAUUGGUGGGUAUGGUGGAGAACAGCUCUCCAGCAGUAGUCUCUGUAGCAGCCCAGAUGAUAAUAGCUGCGAUGGGAUUAAACUUGAAGAAACUGAAGCAUGGCACUUACGCCUAGCCUAUUCUACUAAUUGGCCUGGAAUGCCCAUUGCUAUCUGCCCUUACCUUGAUCGUUAUUUUUUGGCUUCUGCUGGUAAUUCUUUUUAUGUUUGUGGUUUUCCAAACGAUAACUCCCAAAGGGUUAGAAGAUUGGCUGUUGGGAGAACACGCUUUACAAUAAUGACUUUGAGUGUACAUUUCACAAGGAUAGCUGUCGGAGAUUGCCGUGAUGGCAUUCUUUUUUAUUCAUACCAUGAGGAUUCGCGAAAACUGGAGCAGGUUUAUUGUGAUCCUGUGCAAAGGCUUGUUGCUGAUUGUGUUCUUAUGGAUGUUGAUACUGCCUUUGUUUCUGAUCGGAAAGGAAGUGUUGUUGUCUUGUCUUGUGCGGAUCAUUUAGAAGAUAAUGCAAGCCCAGAACGCAACUUGACUCUAAGCUGUUCAUAUUUUAUGGGUGAGAUUGCCAUGAGCAUGAGGAAGGGAUCUUUCUCAUAUAAACUCCCUGCUGAUGAUAUGAUGAAGAACUAUGGUACUGCUAGUAAUAGCAAUAAUUCCUCAAGGAAUUGCAUCAUGGCAUCUACACUGUUGGGGAGUAUAGUUAUAUUUAUUCCAAUUACAAGGGAAGAGUACGAGUUACUGGAAGAUGUUCAAGCUAGGCUGGUGGUUGAUCCUCUCACUAGUCCUAUUUUGGGAAAUGAUCACAAUGAGUUUCGAAGCCGCGGGAGUCGGGCAGGAAUACCUAAGGUACUUGAUGGAGACAUUCUGGCCCAAUUUUUGGAGCUUACAACGAUGCAACAAGAGGCGGUGUUGACAUCACCACAACAUUCAAACGAGGCUGUGUCAGGUUUGAAGCCAUCCAUGCCAGUUAUGGUCAACCAGGUUGUUCGAUUGCUUGAGCGAGUACAUUAUGCCCUGAGCUAAGCUAAGGAAGCUUUUCAUGUGGUUUUUCUCCCUAUAAUGAAUGCUUCCAAUCCCGAAGUGCUCUCUGCCAGGGCUGUAUAGAAGAAGUCAAGAGGGUGGUUGAAAUAAAUGAUUGGAGCGUGUAGAUUGAUGGCUGCCACCCGGGAGCAUGAAAUUUGAGUGUGUAGAGUAGUUUUUUUUAAAAAAAGAAAAGAAGGAAGAAAGAAAGAAACCAUAGCGAGUUCACCGUUGCUGUGAGUUUGCAAUAAGCUAAGGCCAAAAGUGCAUCCUCCUUGUACACAUGGCAGUCUUGUUUUCUUGUAUGAAUAUCCGGAGAGUUGGUGCGUGCAGUUGUGCUAAGAUUAGUAUUUACUAAGCUGCUACAGGAUGAGAAGCUGCAGUGUUUCCACUAUUUAUCAUCUUCGCAUCUCAUCUCAUCUCUGUAGAUUGUUGUACAGUGUGUGUGUGGUGAUGUACAUACUACUCACUGAUAGUUAAUAUACAAAGGAGGAAGAGUUUGAACUUUGAUGAAUGUUUUUGUGGGUUUA